CGUCUAAAAUUAAUCUGUGCUAACAGUAUUGUCUUCAUUUUUAUCGACGAUCAAUGUUUAUCGAUGCCCAAAACGUUCAACGUUUGGAGUGGCGAAAUCUUGAGUCAAUAAACUUUCGUCUAGUAGUUAAAUGAACGAUGUUGAUUCUAACAGUAUGCCUGCUGAUAUUCAGGAGAGAUUUCGAGUAAAAAAUACACAAUAAAAAGUCUUUGUAUUAACAUUGAAUUGAUACUUCUAUUUGAUCAAAUUUAUUGAGUACUGUGUCAUAAAAGUGUACACAUAAAAGUCAUAAAAGUGUACACAUUUGUAGUUAUACAUAAUAUAAAAUUAACAUAUAUUACACAUAUAUUUUAGGUACAGAGUAUGUACGAAGUCGCGUACCUAUAUUGAAAGACACUUAAUCUAAAAAGCAUCGAUGCCUGACAAAAUAUUAAAUUAUAAAAGUACAAUUUAUUUACAAAAUGUAAUCCAAUAAAACAGUACAAAAAUUGAAAAAAGGUAACCUAAAAAGUUCAGAAUUUCGAAAACACAAAAAGUCCAGAAUGUUAAAAUCAAGUUUAGUGUCUUGAUCGAAUAAAAUUGAACCCAGAUUAAAAAACAAAGUAAAAAGUAAAAUGCACUGUAAGUAUAAUUUCAAAGUAAAAUUUAUUUUCGUAAACUUUGUAAAAAAAUUCAGUUCCGAAGUAAAAUACGUUCCUGAAGUAAAACUUAAAGUAAAAUUUUAAACGAGGUAAAAAGCAGCAAAGUAAAACAGAAAGUAAAGAUUCGUCACCGAAGGGUAGAAAAACAGAAAUCCUAGGGGAGGAUAAACCGACGUCGACUAGAAUCUGACGUUGCUGAAAGGAACCGCCUACAAAUAAAUAACCGGACUUAAUAUUGGAGGAUUGAUUUUGGACGGCUAAAUAUUUACGCGGGCCAAGAAUUCGAACGCGUAAUGCUUUCCGUUUCGUUUAUACAACGUCUAGCGCGGUUAAGUGCUCGUUCAAAUCCCAGCAAUCGAUUUUAGCAACGUGUGAUCAUAUUGCAAAUAAAUUCGCGUCAAUCCUCCGAGUCUGGCUGUCUUUGAUGCUAAUCGAGUCUCUCUGGGAGGCUUUAUGCGGACGUCCGCCAUGCUGUGAGCAUCAACGAAUGCAGUUGUUUUCAACUCCAGCUGUUUCGUUUUAAUGCGUGUUUAUCUUCGCUCUCUGUGCACAGAAUGACUGUAAGAUGCUGGUCAAGUGUCUUCCGGUGAUCUUCUUUUCCUGCGUUCUGGCGUUUCCCAAAAGGGUUCAUAUAGGAGGAUUAUUCGACGAUGACGAAGGAAUUCAGCGCACCUUCGAAAUGUCUGCGAGAACGGUGAACCGAGAACGACACAAGAACGAGGAGUUCUCGAACGUGUUUCUCGUGGCUGAAUCGAAAGAAGUUGGAACAGACCCCUUUGAGGUGUCGCAAACAGUAUGCGAAUUGUUGGACAUGAAAAUCGCGGCGAUUUUCGGGCCCCAGAAUAAGAUGACCUCGGAACACGUGCAAAGCAUGUGCGACACCAAGGAAAUGCCACAUAUUUAUGGCAGAUGGGAGGCCUCGCAACCUCGGGGCAAAGGGAUUAAUUUAUUUCCCCAUGCAGAAACCCUGUCGUUGGUGUUCGAUCAUAUGAUAACCGAUUACGAGUGGAAAACAUUUGCAAUAUUAUACGAAAGUACGGACAGUUUAAUUCGAACUCAUCGUUUGCUGGAACGUUGGGAUGCAAAAAGUCACGCCAUCUUCUUGUACCAUUUAGGACCAGGUCCCAGUUACAGAAAAGUAAUACGAGAGAUUAAGGACGCAGAAAUUGAGAACAUCAUUAUCGAUUGUUCCAUUAAUCGUCUCGAAGAGGUGCUAAAACAAGCGCAGCAAGUUGGAGUCUUGUCGGAGAAAAAUAAAAUCAUAGUUACUUCCUUGGACCUGCAGACCAUAGACCUCGAACCAUACCAAUUUUCAGGAGUGAAUUUCACAGGAGUUCGUCUGAUCGACCCAGAGAAUCCCGUAGUAACAAACGUAGUAGAAAUGCACAAAAAUGAAUGGGGCUUCGAUGACGCCUCUCAGCUCAGAGUUGAAUCCGCCCUCAUGUACGAUGCUGUACAACUCUUCGCCAGAGGCUUCAAACAACUGAAAGACGCCGUCAAAGGCGACGUUAAACAGUUAACAUGCAACGAUACCUCGAACUGGGAACACGGUUCUAGUUUAAGCAAUUUCAUUCGUCUAACCGAAAUGGAGGGGUUGACUGGAUUAAUCAAAUUCGACACAGCUGGGUUUCGAAGCGAUUUCCAGUUGGAUAUCGUACAUGUGACGGAAACAGGUUUGGAGAAAAUUGGAAUAUGGAACAGCACAAAUUCCAUCCAAUGGCUACCGAAAGCUCAUACCCCUAGCUCGGACAUUGAAUUCAGUCUGCAGAAUAAAACGUUCAUUGUGCUCAUUGCUAUUAGUCAUCCGUACGGUAUGUUAAAGCAGUCAGCGGAAACGAUGGUGGGAAACGAUCGAUACGAAGGAUUCGGUAUCGAUAUUAUUCAAGAACUGAGUAAAAUGCUCGGUUUCAAUUAUACUUUUGAAGUGCAGGCUGACAAUGUCUACGGCUCGCGUUCUCCUAAGACCAAGAAAUGGUCUGGAAUGCUCGGAAAAAUAAUCGCUGGUGAGGCACAUCUGGCGAUCACGGACUUAACUAUCACGUCCGAACGGGAAGCUGCUGUGGAUUUUACGAUGCCGUUUAUGAAUUUAGGAAUAAGUAUCCUGUACCGAAAACCGAAGAAAACGCCACCCAGUCUGUUUUCGUUCUUAUCACCAUUCUCAGCUGGUGUUUGGUGGUAUCUAAUUGGAGCUUACAUACUCGUAUCUGUGGCAUUAUUCGUGAUUGGUAGAAUGUGCCCUGCAGAGUGGAACAAUCCGUAUCCUUGCAUCGAGGAGCCCGAGGAGCUGGAGAACCAGUUUACCUUUAAGAAUGCUUUAUGGUUCACCAUCGGUAGUAUUAUGCAGCAAGGUUCCGAAAUUGCGCCGAUAGGAUUAUCAACGCGAAUGAUGGCGUCGUCAUGGUGGUUCUUCUGUCUCAUAAUGGUGUCCUCCUACACCGCGAAUUUGGCGGCGUUUUUGACCGUCGAAACUUUAGUAUCGCCUUUCUCGAACGUUGAAGAACUAGCAAAGAAGAAGACUAUCAAAUACGGAGCAAAAACUGGAGGCUCCACGUUCAUGUUCUUCAAAACUUAUGCACAUUCCAAGGAUUCCAACUACUCGACGUACAAGGAGAUGUUCGAAUACAUGACGGCGAACGCUGCAGACGUCCUAACUCCGGAUAACGAUUCGGGAUUGAAGAAGGUUCUGAGGGAGGACUAUGCGUUCCUGAUGGAGUCCAGUUCGAUUGAGUACAUCACCGAAAGAUAUUGCAACGUAACACAAAUUGGUGGUCUUCUUGAUGCGAAGGGUUAUGGCAUCGCUAUGAAGAAAGAUGCGCCGUAUCGUCACGCUUUGAACACUGCCGUAUUGAAGCUGCAACAAAGUGGCUUGAUCACAGAGUUGAAGACAAAAUGGUGGACGCAGAAACGUGGAGGAGGGAAAUGUCGAGAAGAUGGUGGUCAAAGCGCAGCGGAAGAACUAGGUAUCGACAAUGUGGGUGGAGUGUUUCUAGUAUUAACUGUAGGUGUUGCCUUGUCAUUCUUCUACACCAUAUACGAAUUUCUAUGGGAGAUUGGUUGCACGUCUGCGCGUGAAAACGUUUCCUUCACAGAAGAAUUAAUAGCCGAAUUAAAGUUCAUCGUAAAAUGCAGUAGCUCAUCGAAACCAGUACGAAGAAGAAAAGGUUCGUCGAACCGAAGCCGAGAAGAUAGUACCCGAGAUUGUACACCUCCCUACGGUUUCAUCCCACAAAUCAGAAUACCCAACUCCGAAGAGAAAUAGACAAUUGCAUUUAAACACAACAUCCUCUAAACUAUAGCCAAAUAAAUGAAUAAAAAAAGUUUGUUUAAAUUCAUAAAUGCAGUUUCAAAUAUUGCUUUUCCGUUCGUUUCAUGGCCACGAAAUAACAUAUCAGCAGCGUGGAUUAAGUGUGACGACUGAAAUGUGAAAUAUGAAGGGCGUGAAGUGUAAGAUGAAGUGUGAGAUGCGAAUUAUGAAAUAUAAA